AUGAAUGAGUCGAAUAACAAAGGAAGAACCCGACGACGUAGAAGUAACAACAACGGAAGCAACAGUGAGGAUAGCGAAGAGAAUAACUUCAUCGUGAAUGACGAUGGUAUGUUCAUCGACGAUAAUGAGUCGUUAGAGGAUGAAUGUACAACUCCAAAGGAUGAUGAAGAUAGUGUAAACUCCAGAAGAAAGAGAACAGAUAGAUUAAAUAAAAAGGAAAAUAAAAAUAUGGCUAGCGAGAGAGGAGAGUCCAACAAUGGUAGCGGUAGCUUGCGCCGCAGCGUCAACAAUCCGCAUGGGCAACAACAGGCCCACGAGCAGUACAGUAGUAGACACCCUGAAGGCAGCAAUUCCAGCAUACUCAUAAAUGGCGCUCCGUCGGAGGGCGCAAUGCUGGAUAGCAGCCUCCAAAAUAGCAACAUGCCCAAUGGCACAACGCAGGGCAUCACAAACAACAUCAGAAACGGGCUCUUCGUUUUCAACGGAGACAACAUCCUUGGUGGCAAUGACGGCACCGGGAACAGUGGUACGCUCGGCGUGAACCAAGAUCCACUGGACGGCGUAGCCGCAAGUGUAGCGUUAAAUGUGGGCGCAAACGCAAUCUCCAACAUAGCGGCCAACGUGCACGAGUGUGAAGGAAUAAAGAACGAUCCCUUGAGCCACAUCCACGGGGGCGAAAGGGACAACGUGUUCGUGAACGGAUCGAGCAACUACUUCGUUCAAAACGGAGUGCACGCCGAAAGUAAUCACGCAGACGAAGUGAGGGAUGCGUGGGAUGACCCGAUGGAGGAGCAACAGCAUCAGGAGGAUGAAGAAGAACAACAACAAGAACAACAGUCGAACCAGUAUGAAGAACUAAGCCGAGAAAAUCAGGCCAACGCACUGAUGCAAGGAGUUGAGUUGAGCGAAGUCAGGGCAAGAGAAAAUAUUAAAAAGAAGGACGACGAAGUGGAAAGGAAUAUGUUGCACAUGGUGGAGAACGGUCCGAUAAAUGACGAAUUAGUAGUAGCAUCAAUCCUCAACCAUGAGAAUGAGCUCGAGUCUGAAUCCCAUGUUAAUACAUUAAGUGGUGCAGUAGGAAGAAUAUCUACAGGAGAUUCUUCCAUCCCUGGGGUAGGAGCACAAGGGUCACCAGUAGCUCUUCCCACAGGAGGACUAACAGUCGAAAGUUUCAUACAGUGUUUGAAAAGAGAACUCACCUGUCCAAUAUGUUUGGAUUAUUUCUACCUACCCGUAACGAUGAACUGUGGACACACCUUUUGCCGAUACUGCAUAGGGCAUAACAAACUGAAUGGUAAAAAUUGCCCCCUCUGUAGACAAGCUUUAGGACACACAGUAUGCAUCAAUACCAUUAUAUCAAACUUAGUACGCAUAUAUAAUCUGAGAAGAAAAUCCAUUAAGGUAUACAAAUCUAUCGAAAUAGUGAACACAGUGGAUGAAAUAUGGUGGAACGAAAAUUUCAUUAAACCCCAAGUUAGUGUUCCUUUAUUUUUACGUAUAUUUCUCAACGAUAUGAUUUCUGUGCCUGUCUUUUUUGACGACCUGACUGCCUGUAUUGUCGACUUUUUCACGGUCAAUAAUCUGUGGUCCAAGGCCAAGUGGGUAUUCAACAUAAAUGACUGUAAAAUAUUCAGUGAGCUCAUCGGCUACGAUAAGGACAAUAAGGAAGUCACGAACGACAGGUUACAUGCAUGGGUGGAAAACUAUAUAACGCAGAACCCAUCCAUGUGUAUUAGAAAAGAUGAGAAGAUUAUUUUAAAAAUUAUUCAGGAUAGAACCCAUAAAAUUGAUAGCCAAUUUUUCGAUUCCUCUGCAUUGCCGAAUAGAUUGCCGUGGGAUGGAGGGAGACAUGUUAAGAGCUUAAUCCAUAUGCCCCAUUCGUCCGUCUCGUUGUCUCACCUCAUAUUUGUAAAGGCAGAAAACAACAACCUUGGUGUAGUCGAUUGUGGGUCCACUAUUGGCACCAUGAUCAAGGUUAACAAUAACCACGUACUGAAAGAAGGGGAUAUUAUCCAUAUAGGAGACCGACUUGAAGUUACCGUCUCUAUUGAUAAGAACACCGCAGGUAUGCCUUACAAAGGAUACGUGUGGGAUAAGAAGUCUAAUAAAGUGCUCGACAGACACGAGUUAAACGAGCUCAUGAAGGAGAAGGGGAAGGAAGGAGCGGAAGAAGCAGCAGGAACAGCAGGAACAGCAGGAACAGCAGGAACAGCAGGACCAGCACUUGAUAAGGAGAAUGAAGAUGACGCUGAACAGAGAGACGAAGCGGCACCUGAAUCGAGAGUCGACCCGUCUGCGGAACGUCUCCAAGAAGGAAUCUCUGAACAGGCCGCAGAGCGAGGGGCCGAUGCACAGGACUCCGCCAACAACAUGGGCGAAGAUGACCUGCCUUCAUAUUGUGAAAACAUUGAAUCAAACUUACUAAUUAAAUUCGACUUUGGUACCGUAAAAGAUGAAGUCACUUUAAAAACAGAGUAUAUCGACCCCAAGGGAGUAGUCCUAGGAAGAGGUCCCUAUGCACAGUCCAGUUAUAAAAAACUGUCUGUUACAAAUUCGAAUGGUUAUGUAUCUAGGGAGCAUUGCUUAAUAUACUAUGAUGGAACUAAGCCCGUUGGAGAAAGGUGGCUUUUGAGAGAUACUAGUACCUUGGGAACGUUCUUAAAAAUCCCUCCCUUUUCUGAACCCGUCCCUUUACCGGUGGGUUCUAUUUUUAAAGCCGGCCAAUGUAAAAUUGAAGUUUGUUCUCGUGACAGUGCGCAAUUUUCACAACACCCUGCCAGGUCCAUUUCGCUACUCAACUCGAAUAACCGACCGAACAUGGGCCCACCCAACCCGGACGAUAAUAGAAACAACGACAAUGGAAAUGGGAACCCGAGCAGUCAGAACAAUUCUGGUGGAGGCCAAGGAAGUGGAAGUGGCGCAAGCGGCGGUGCAGGAAGUGGAAGCGGUAGUGGUGAAGGCAAUGAAAGAGCAAAUGGCAGACAAAGCCGUGGAGGCAACCAUCACAACAGUGGAAGAAACAACUACCGUAAUAAUCAGGCAAACCUUGGAGGCACGAAUCACAACCUCAUGUUUGCUAGAUGCGAAGGAAGAAUACAGCCUAGUAGUAAUAACAUCAGUAGUGUAGAGAGCUUGCGAAGAUACAACUAUCGGGAGCAGUACCACCAGCAGCACCACCACAACCACCCCUUUGAUGAAAAUAAUGGAGGAGGCGCUUAUUGGAUAUUUAAUGGAAGUGCUCUGCAGAAUUAUCGAAGGAGUCCAAGGUCCUAUCAUAUCCCCAACAGUGGUAACUUUGUUAAUUUGGCUAACCGAAUAACAAUGACAGGGAACAAUCCUCAUUCUAGUGGCGGCAGUAACGGAGCGUGCUUGAAUACACAGGGUGCGCACCAACAACAACACCACAACCACAACCAUAACCACUAUCAGCAGCAGAAUAAUCCCCUUCACCAAUUCCACCAACACCAGCAGUACCAGCAGCAACACCACCACCACAAUCGGGACACGUACUUCUACAACUACCUCCAACAUAGAGUUAACCACCAGGGGAAUGCUGAACGUAUAACUAACGGAAACGACGUUAAUGAAAACAGCGACCAUGAAAAUGGGAACAACGGCUUCCCCAAUGAGCGCAUCAAUAACGCCAGGAAUAAUGACCAUGCGAAUGGGACACCUGGUGCUGGCGGUAGUCAAAACACAAGUCAUCACAGCAGUGGAAGUAGUACCACCAAUCGUUAUAACGGGCAUAUGUGUCUAAAUCACGGGGGGCAGGAAAACCGCGAUGGCUCCAACCGGGCCAAUCGACCGCAUCGACCUUAUCACGGAAAUAAUCCCCUCAACGAGAUGAUUAGCGUUAACGCUGAAAGAAGUCGAAUGAACAGAAGAGGCUAUUACAAUGCGCCUUUAGGAAGAAGAAGCCUCUUAGAUGUGAAGUACGAAGAAGUUUUCUCUCCAAGGCAGUUUCCCCACGCAAGCCACAAUGGAAGUUUGUAUGUGCAUGGCGUAGGGAGAAUGAACCCCGUAGUAUGCAGUGCCCCCAUCGUAGGAGCAAACACCUUCCGCAACAACAUCUUUAAGUCGUGCCAGAGUGUUCACAUGCAUCAUGUGGAAGACAGUCCCAAUCACUGUCACCAUAGUAGUUUAGAUCAGAGUCACGAAGUGAAAGUAAGAAGGGAUGAGGAAGCAACUACAAAGGAAGGCGAGCAGAGCUACCAAAAUGGUGACUCAAGUAAUGAUGCACAAUGUGUAAGCAUGGGUGUAGUAAACAAUACACAAAGGAGUGAUCCAAUCGUUCUGAAUGAAAACCUUCGCAGUGCUUCCAAUUGUGAGAGGAAGGUGAGCAUGAGCCCGCAGAAAAAGAGCAACAAGGGAAGCAACGAUGUAGUAGACGCUCGCAGUGGUAUGGUUUAUUGGAGCCCCGUAAGCGAAGCCUGUUGGAACGUCGUAAAUGAAAGGGAUUUUCUCACCAACAAUGUUUCGAGCGAUGUGGCCUGUAGUGCAUGUGGGAGGAGGGAGAAUUACUGGAAGCCGGAGAGCGCCUACAAGAAGAGGCACCUCGCGGAAACGUUUAUGUACCAUAGCCUGUCCACCGUGGAAGAGGAAGAAGAGGAUGAAAUGGGAAAUAGUCCUAACGAGGGGGAAAAUAUGAACCAGUCUGCCCAGAUGAACGAACAGGGAGAGUCGGACAGCCAAGAUGAAGAGGACCAUUGCGGUGGAAGAUGCGAUGCCAGUUUCGAUGCCCCCUGCGAGGACGACGUGAGCACGAAGAACAUCAACACCGCUGCAGCACAGACAGGCUUAUUUAACGAAGUAGAGCCCCUCAACUUCAUUUACGACUACAUCCACGGUUUAGGGACAAACGAGAUGGAUAACUCCAGCAUCAACCAAAGACUCAUGUGGGAAGAAAAUGAAGAAAUAAUGAACCUCCUAAAUAGCUCUAACGUGAAAACGAAAAAAAUUAGCUCCCUGAGCAUAUUCCCCAUGGUGCAUCUGUCACACUACAACUCUGAGUAUAGACAAACAGAUGAGCAGCACCUCGACGAAAAAGAAAUCACGAAAAGAGUGUUAUACACUGAACGCGACAAUUUUUGUGAACAUAAUGGGAUUCUGUCUUCGAUAAAGAUGAGUAACUGA